AACGAUCCGUCAUGACUUAUUAGCGAAGGAAAAGAUCCAUAUAGAAUAAAAAACGUUGAACUGAAGAAGAGGGAAGGAAGGAACCUUGAUUUCUGAGAUAGUAUUAUUGCAUUUAAAAUCGUAACAAUUUCAAAUAUUUACACAAGUCGGAUCUCAUUUUCGAUUAGCGAAUCGGGACGAUGGCGCCGACGAUGAUUGUGACGAAUACGCCGGCGAAAGAUCUCGCUUACACCAAUUUCGCCUACUGCUCCCCCGCUGAUCUCCGGAAUUUCGUUGUACCUGGAUCGGGGAACGCAUACGCUUUGAUCGGCGAUGUGUUUGUGCUUUCUGUUGCAUAUCCUUUUUAUCGAGCUCGCAUUUCUUUUAUGUCGAGCUGUUGAUUCUGAUGAUGUUUUUAGUGUUGUAGUACGGCGGUAGAAGUGGAUGAUUGUUUCAAUUUCUGUUUUUAUUAGAAAAUGUGAUGGAAUUUCGGUAUUGGUCCGUGGUAAUAUAGGUUUGUAUACUGGAAAAUUGUGCCGGAGUUGAUGUGAUUAAACUAUUUUGCUUUUAAUUUGUGUUUCGUUGUUUCAUAUUUGUGCUAAGUGAUGAAUUCAGUGGCUGGUGAUUCGGAUAAAGUGGUAUUGCCUGGAUAGAUAUGGUUAUAUGAUUUGCUCAUUGUUCUUGAUUCAGAGUCUGGAAUAAGUGCCCUAUGCCAUGAAUUCCCCCCUCCCUCUUGACCAGAUUCUGAACAUUUUGUUUAUUAAUUUGGGCUUUUCACCGCUGCAACAUUGAGUUGCAUGUGUCUUUUAAUGGAGGUUCACCUGAGUGACUGGUAUGGGCUGAUAAUGCACAUCGAUUGGAUUUAUUUAUUUAUAGUAUUUAUUUUUUAUCCUGAAAAUUGAGUGAUUGCUUAGCUGGUUGCAGACUAUAAACUUGUGCUUUGAUAUUAACUGAGAUAAUCCACCAUUCGGGUAUUUUCUCAAAAGUAUAAUACUUUUUUUUAUGUCUUUUUAUUUUAGUUUUAAUCCCCAAUGGCUAAAGGUCACUAUUUUUGUUUUGGAAGCUCUUGUGAUAAAUGAUGCAAAUGUAUGUCUUAUUCUUUCUUUACUAUUGCUUCUGUAACUGCUAUUCUUAUAAUUUUGCUUCGGAGUAUCUACUGCCGCUGGUAGUUUGUUUUAUGACAUGAUAACUCUUUUAUGAAUUAUUAUGAGAUGGUGGUUAUCUUCAUAAUAUAAAUCUGUAGCCUUAACUUCAAUAUACUGGACAUGACGGCAUUCCUGCUGGACAUAUUGGCUUUAAUGCCAUUCAACGUCGCCAUGCAAAAGUCUCCACAGGGGAUACAGUGUCUGUUAGCCGAUUCAUUCCUCCUGAAGAUUUCAACCUUACAAUGCUGAGACUUGAGUUAGAGUUUGUGAAGAAGGGGGCAAGAGAUGAACAGGUGGAUGCUGUUCUUUUAUCCCAGCAAAUCCACAAGAGAUUCAUGAACCAGGUUAUGACAAUUGGGCAGAGGGUAACAUUUGAGUAUCAUGGCAAUGGAUAUAUCUUCACUGUCACUGAAGCUACUGUGGGGGAAGAAAAAUCUUAUGGUAUGGAGAGGGGGUUGAUAUCACCUGACACAUUCAUUGUAUAUGAAGCAUCAAAUUCAAGUGGAAUAAAGAUUGUCAACCAGAGGGAAGGUACUAACAGCAACAUCUUCAGGCACAAAGAGUUCAAUCUCCAAUCAUUUGGUAUAGGUGGUUUGAGUGCGGAGUUUGCUGAUAUAUUCCGAAGAGCUUUUGCCUCCAGGGUUUUCCCUGCACAUGUGACUUCUAAACUUGGCAUCAAGCAUGUUAAAGGAAUGCUGCUUUAUGGACCUCCUGGUACUGGGAAGACUUUAAUGGCUCGGCAGAUUGGAAAAAUGUUGAAUGGAAAGGAACCCAAGAUUGUGAAUGGGCCUGAAGUGUUGAGCAAGUUCGUUGGUGAAACUGAGAAGAAUGUCAGAGAUCUAUUUGCUGAUGCUGAGCAAGAUCAAAGAACCAAAGGUGAUCAGAGUGAGUUGCAUAUCAUCAUCUUUGAUGAGAUUGAUGCAAUUUGUAAGUCUAGAGGUUCAACUAGAGAUGGGACUGGCGUGCACGACAGUAUUGUGAACCAACUCCUCACUAAGAUAGAUGGUGUGGAAUCAUUGAAUAAUGUCUUGCUUAUUGGAAUGACAAACAGAAAAGAUUUGCUUGAUGAAGCUCUUCUGAGGCCUGGACGUUUGGAAGUCCAAGUGGAAAUCAGCCUUCCUGAUGAAAAUGGUCGGUUACAGAUUCUUCAAAUUCAUACAAGCAAGAUGAAAGAAAGUUCAUUUAUUGCUCCAGAUGUGAAUUUGGAAGAGCUUGCUGCUAGGACAAAGAACUACAGUGGAGCAGAGCUGGAAGGUGUAGUAAAAAGUGCAGUCUCAUAUGCUUUGAAUAGGCAACUAAAUAUGGAGGAUCUUACAAAACCUGUCGAUGAAGAGAAUAUAAAAGUUACAAUGGAAGAUUUUCUGAAUGCUGUUCAAGAAGUGGUUCCAGCAUUUGGAGCUUCAACAGAUGACCUUGAACGUUGCAGACUAAAUGGCAUUGUGGAAUGUGGGACAAGGCACAAUCAUAUUUACCGAAGAACCAUGCUUUUAGCCGAACAAGUUAAAGUUAGUGAAGGAAGUCCACUUGUUACUUGCCUUCUAGAAGGCCCAAGUGGAAGUGGUAAGACUGCAAUGGCAGCAACAGUCGGUAUUGAAAGCGAUUUCCCUUAUGUGAAGAUUAUAUCUGCUGAAACAAUGAUUGGACUCAGUGAGCCUACAAAAUGUGCUCAAAUCGUUAAGGUAUUUGAAGAUGCUUAUCGGUCGCCACUAAGCAUAAUUAUCCUUGAUGACAUCGAAAGGUUAUUGGAAUAUGUUGCCAUUGGACCUCGCUUUUCAAAUUUAAUCUCUCAAACGUUGUUGGUGCUUCUGAAACGGCUUCCUCCAAAGGGGAAAAAAGUUCUUGUAAUUGGGACUACAAGUGAAGUUAAUUUUCUAGAAUCAGUUGGUAUUCGAGAUUCAUUCUCAGUGACCUACAAUGUUCCAACACUGAAGACAGAAGAUGCCAAAAAGGUGUUACAGCAGCUUAAUGUUUUCUCAACUGAUGAUGUUGAGUCUGCUGCAGAGGCAUUGAAUGAUAUGCCCCUCAAAAAGCUGUACAUGGUUGUGGAAAUGGCUGCUCAGGGAGAACAUGGUGGAAGUGCAGAAGCUAUUUAUUCUGGUAAAGAAAAGAUCAAUAUCUCGCACUUCUACGAUUGCCUUCAGGAUAUGGUACGCUAUUAGUAUAACUUUGCCCUCUGCACCAAGUAAUAGUUCUGGCCCGAUUCAAAUUUUUGUUUUUUGUUUGUCCUGUAUGUUUGUUUCAUCUAUUUUUUCGUCUAAACCUAUGUCCUCGCCCUAUUAUUUAGAGGGUCUUUUGAAGACUCCUAAUCACGGCUAUAGUCAUGCAGUUAGAAGUAUACAAAGUUUGGUCUUGUUGUUGUUGCUUCAAACCAAGUAUUUUGUAUUGUUAUACUGUAGUACCAUAUUUUGUUUCCUGUAAAUCAGAACUGCAAUCCAUUUUUCUCUCCA